AGCACUCGUGCAGUAGGCGCGGGCCCGGCUACUGGCAGCGCUUCAUCAACAUCCCCAACCGCAACACCACAACGAAAAGGACAGCUCAAUCCACAUCGCCCUUGACACUACACGCUUAUGAGGUCAACAAGGCCACGCAUUUUUUCGAUCAGACCAUAGCGCUUGCUUAGCGGUUCCCAAAGUGUUCCUCCCAGUCAUGCACGCUCCCUCGGUGCAGGUACUCACUGCUUGUCUACAUCGCCAUCUUCUUUCACCAUGGCGGACACACUUGGAACUGAUUCCAGCAAGAAGCGGCGUUCUUAUGCUUCUGUGACCUCUGCCACUGCCGUUGGAACGAAGAAGAAAACCAGGAAAGCGAAACCCAAACCUUCCGCUGCGGAAGUUGCUCGUGGUGCCACAGAAUGGAAGGUGGAUGAGUUCUAUUCUUGGUCUGUGGAAACACAAACUAGCAAGUUGCCUUUCUGUCUUGCGGAGGGAAUCAGUCUCCACCAAUUUGAGAAAAUGAUUGAGCAUCGUGAAAAAACUGGACGGAGCUCCCAAACCGGUGGUUGCUUUAAAUGGGAGUUCAGAGCGGGGAAGGCCUGGAUCUAUGAACUUCCUCACCGGUGUCACGAGGAAGCUGCUGGACAGCUUGCCCAAGAGAUUGUCCUGGGAUUGGGAGCCCAUGGCAGGGAUGUUAAGAUUCCCCCCUCUCCUCGCAUGGCUGACAGCAACGGCGCCCUCUCUGCCGAGCCUGACAGUUCUGUUGAAGUUAGAGGUGGUGGUCGCCCAGGACCUGGCAGCCCAGAUAGAAGUGACGCACAGGGGAAUCGCUUUUCCAACAUUGUUUUUGAGGUCGCCUACAAUGAAUCUGAGCGUCAUGUUCGGGCGAAAGCACAGGCCUGGCUGCUGACAGCUCCAACCCAACCACAGUAUGGGGUGCAACAAGGCAUUGUGGUCAAGAUUGGUACGAACGUGCGAGUAAGUGGUCAUCGAACAAUGAAAGCUUUUCGUUAUGAGCGUGCGAACCUUGGCAAUCCCGUUCAGGAGAUUGAAUUUGGACAUGAUGGUCCCAAUGGUGGAGCUACAGCGGCUGGAAUCCCUGCGAUGCAGAUAAAUGUUCCAACCGUAAGCAUCUAUCACCCUUUGGCAGUUCCGGAUGGUUUGGGACCGUCAAUCCCGAUCGACCUGUUUGAAAUUCGGCAAGUGAUUGAAGACUCCUUUUGAGACGUUUCAGGUAUCCAACGAUGAGCAGAGGAACAACGUCUACCGCCAUCUUCACCAAAUGGAGAACUUCAGGUACUAGUACUAUGGCCAUGCCUUCGGAGGUGGUUGUUUGACAUCCAUCUCGCUGGAGCGGCAGUCGUCCAUUAAUAGUUCUAAGGUCAGACCUGAUAGAUUUUGUGAGAGUAGACAUGUUCAAUGAAUGGAUGUGGGGUGU